CGUUAUCAUAUUUAGUAUGUCAAUUACUUUAACAGCAACCUUUCUAAAGUAAAGCAAACUAGAGACGGAUAUAACAAUGAAGCUGUUGAUGUUGAUGUUUGGUGCAGUGUUCGUGGGGCAUGCUUUUGCUGUCCCUUCCUGGCUCAGCUUAAGGGACAACGACAACACAAAUGUUCCUAUUGCUGCCAAUCAGGUACCCGCUGCCGAAUUUGCAAGCUGCCUGCAACAAGCUCGAUGGGGGCGCUGCGAAUUUUAUGAUUGCUUGGAGCGAAGAUUCCCAUGCGGUGCACGUGGAUACACGCGGAAAAUUAGCAAACACUUUUGCUCCAAGAUUGAUGCGAACUACGACUCGUUUGACGAAUUUGGUAAGCAGUGGUUGAAUCAAACCAGCAUUUGCCUCGUCGGUCACAUGCAACCAAUAUACGAGUCAUAUUCCACCUCAUGCUUGGACAUAAAAAUCGCUGGUAUCAACGCUAUUCUGGACUGCAAUGAAGGUGAAGUGGACGGCAAGGAUUUCUGCGACUUCUUGGACACAAACGGCGAUGCAUACACCUCACUGAUGGGAAUGGAGGAAGCGCGACUUCUCAUCGGCCUGCGUGACACAAGGGUGUUCUCCAGCAUUAUAUCGGGUGCCAUCUCCUGUGGAGUGGAAAGCCUGAGGGAGACUGCCAGCUCCUUCUCGACCAGCGCCUUCGCCAAUAGUGUGAACGGCUUCUUUAACCGCAUCUCCAGCUAUAUCUGGAAGUGAUGACACAAUGCUGAUGUAUUUAAAUGACGAAAUAUAGGUCAAUAACUUGCGGGCGUUUCUACAAUUUUUUAUAACAUUACCUUCGCUUCAGGAGUGAAAUAACGCAAUACUAAAUUUUGGUUUAUUAAACGGGUAUUUUUACACUACUUAUAUAACAGUGAAAAGACGCUUUUUUUAACGUAAUGACGUCAUUAUUCCAGCAAAUUUCUUCAGUAAAACUCUUUAACGAUGUGAAUAAACGGUGAAAAGAGCAUAAAAUAAAAAAGAAAAUGUGUUGGUCACAUUAUAAAUAGAAUCUUAGAUUCGUGGUCAUUGUGUUGUCAAUUUAUUAAACUCGUCAUCUAAAUAAAGAUAAAUACGAGGCUUGAUAAAAACUCGGCAAGCCUCGUUUUUAUCUAUAUUUUAAUGACUUGUUUAAUAAAUUCAAUACAAAACGACCACUCAUGCAAGAUCCUAUAUAUAUUGAAUCUUUAAAAAAAACAGUAACAAUAAAGGAGUCAACAUAUAGAAUUUAAUGUCAAUAAAACCAAUAAAAAUGCAAAAAAAAUGAUUUAUGUAUUUUUGACCAUUUACUUAAAUAUUAGGGGAUCAUUACAGUGUUCUCAUAGACUUUUUCCGAAGUAGACUCUCAAAUUAUGUCAAAAUGUUUUAUAUUCAAAGUUGUUUUAUGCACUUUUUACAGAGAUUAUUUAAAUAAAAAGCAUACGCCAAUGUGUUCGUCAUAUAAGAAGAAAAAGCAGCUGCACUAUACGCUGUCCGCAACAACAUUUUUACCUAAAUGGACCUUUUCACCGAUUUUUUUCAUGUAGUAAAGUGAGUCAUUAAAUGCUAUAAUCGAACUGCUGACACUUGGAGUAAAAAAUUUGCAUUUAAACUACUCGGCCAUCCGUGCUCUUAUUUUGAUAGUGUAUUGUAUACGUAUAUUAGCAUUCCUCGUUACGUCACAAAAUACAACAGAACUCUCCAAAUUAUUCAAUCGUUUUGGGUGUUUACGCUAUUUAAUUUCAGGUGUUUAAAUUGUCAAAAGAUGCAUAUAAUGGAUAUUUUCGAGCAUAGUAUAAAUGUUCCUUAUGAUUGUUUCCUCGCAAAUAUAUCAACAACGAAAAGUUGCAAAUCUGAAACAAUUGUAUCAAUUUCGUCAACUUAUCAAAACGUGAAAAGGUCCUUUUAAUUUGCCUUGGAGACCAUAACCCGAGCACAAAAGCAGAUGCUGCAGGCGACGAAGACGACGAUAGAAAAAUCGAGUUAUAAUAAUUCAAAUAUUAUUUGCAUUUUUACCGUGGAGUUACAAAAAGUAUUUUAUGUUUAAACAACAUAAGUUUAAGCUUAUAUUCAAUGUCCUUAUUAUGCAUAUUUCUUAAUUACGUAUAGUGUCUGUUGUUGUUGUUUUUCCAUAUUUGUUACGAAUUAGCUUGCGUUUUGCAAUUUAGCAUCUAUUUAAAUACCAAACUCUUUAAUGCUCACUAUAUCAACAGGCGUUCACCUGCCUGUAUGGAAUUUAACAAAAAAAUGCUUCAUUUUGUGAUGAUGUAUCAAUCGCCGUUUUUGUCGCACUGAUAUUUUUGUAAAAGCAAUUUGUUUAGAUACGAUUCGAGCACAUCGAUUUAUGGAAAAAGGUCAAACUGUCGUCUUUUAUUUGGCGAUCACUCGUUCCGACUUUAUUACCAUUAUUUGAAUAUUGUAUGUCUUAUCCAUACUACAUGAAUAUCUAAUACACCAUUUAAAAUA